AUGACCCACUCCUGCGAUCGAGAGCCAUUACUUCGCCAGGACGACGACAGUCAAGAGGAUAUUCUAGAGAUGGAGGACGAUUUUUACGAGAAGCCUUCACAGAUUCGCUUUGUGAAUAAAGAAAGAUUGGUCCCUAAAGCAGUCUUUCUUGUAAUUGGUGUAUUUUCUGUGAUAUAUGGAAUGGAUAGAUACCAUAUUUCUAUGAAAGAAAUAGAGUCGAGAGAAUGUAGUGAUGCAUUGGACGACUGUGAUCAUUUGCCAUUCAAUCAAACUGUUGUUCCUCCAUUUUACAACUACCUUCAAGAUUUUACGAUAUCUCCUCGUUACGGUAUUUCUUUGUGCCUACUUCCAAAAGUGCUAUCUACAACGGGAACUGCCACGAUUUGUUAUCUCGAAGAUCCGGAUAAGUUUGCUGCUGAUAAUCGUACAAUUUCAACGGAGACAUAUAUUACUAGAUUUUGUGAACGAAAUGAAAUGAAAUCGUAUAACAUGGUGAAGCAUUAUUUGAAUGAUAAUUUUGAAAAUAUAAUAGUAACAAGGAAUCCAUACGAUCGAUUUAUAUCAGGAUUCACCGAGAAAUGUGUCAAUGAUCUCGAGGACGACUACUGUCAUGGGUGUGGAGCAGAUAUGCGAUGCUUCCUUCAAAAAGAAUACCGACGUUUGAUGAGAAUGUCAAUGCUAUUCCCGGUUUACACAGUUGCUGACACCCAUUUUGCCCCUCAAACUUGGUAUUGCGACAUGAGGAACACUUUGAAAAAUUCCACAAUCGUUCGAUUCUCUUUACAAGGAAUCGAAAAAGUUAAAAUGAUUGACGACAUGCUGAAUGUUUUCAGAAGAAGGAAAGUUCCAGAGAGACAGUUGGAUGAAAUAAGAGAACAGUUGUCGUUGGGGAAGAGUCAUCACACAACAACAGGAUCUUCAUUGAGAGAACAUUACGAACGAUUGGUUCGAGAGGAUGAAUCUAUUCGAAGAGCUUUACAUCGAAUUUACUAUUAUGAUUUCUUGUAUCUAGGCUAUGACAUGUGA